UUAACUACUGCUAAAAAACCCCCGAAACGCAGCCAUUUUUUUUAAUUAUCAGUAAAAAAAAAAUGGAUUUACUAGCUGCCGAUGACCGGCAAAUACGAAACCCUAACGACUUUCCUCUUCAUCUAAUUCCAUUCCCACCCACCGGAAACUUUGAUAUCUCCACUUCAGCGGCGGCGGUUGUUGGGUCGAGUGAUGUUGACAGCUUGCUUCCACAGAAGCUCCGUCCUAUUAGAGGAAAUGGCCGGGUUCCUUCGGGUUAUGCAGAGGACGGUAGAGAGAAGCUGUGGGGUUUUGUUAGUGGAGAAGCGAGUGACGUAGCUGUUAAUGGUGGUGGUGGACUCGGGUUGGGUUCAGUUGAAGGUUUUCUUGAAGAUGAAUUUAGCUUAUGCUCGUGUGAUGGAAAUGCUGAUGAUUCGUCAGUUGGUGCAGGAGAAUCUGUUGGUCAGAAGAGAAAGAGGAGAUCGAAGCGAAAGAUUGAGAAGUUUUUGGAGAGUUUGGUGAUGAAAGUGAUGGAGAAGCAAGAGGAGAUGCAUAAACAGUUGGUAGAGAUGAUAGAGAGUAGUGAAAGGGAGACGAUGAUAAGAGAAGAAGCUUGGAAACAGCAGGCGAUGGAAAGGAUGGAAAGGGAUAGUGAGGCUAGGGCACAAGAGACUACUCGUAACCUUGCUCUCAUUUCCUUCAUCCAGAACAUGACGGGUCAUGUUAUUGAAGUCUCAAAUGGAGGCAAUGCUCCAACUCAAAAUCAUUUUCAAGUGUGACCAAAGUAAUAGAAGAUGGCUGGAAGCUGAGAUGCAAGUACUUAUAACACUUCGAGCUGCUUGGGAACAACAGUUGCAAGUUACAGGCUCCAAAGGGACCAAUAUUUGGGAUGCAAUAUCUGAUGGAAUGUGCAAUAUGGGUUACAACUGUACCGCAAAGAACUGCAAAGAGAAAUGGGAAAACAUCAACAAGCACUUCAAAAAGUCAGUGGGAAGUGUGGUGAAAAAGCCAUUUGAAAAUAUUACAGUGAGCCCUUGUUUUCACGAAUUGGAUGUCUUAUACAAUAAUGGAUUGUUAAUCUGGGAAACGGCUCUACCAAUACAGGCAAUCAAGCUAAAUGCACUCUUGGUAAAGGUUGAAAUGCUCAAACCAUUUCAAGUCUUUGUUUUCUCGAAUCUUACCUUGACGUGACUUCUGGUCCAUUUAUGUGUCUGUAUUAACUUAGGGUAGAACUCCUUGAACUGUUGUUGGCUGUUUCUGCAUUAGCUAUGCAUUGCAGGGGGGGAAUUUGAUCGUACCAAUUGUUCUUGCAAUUACAGUAGAUAGAAAAAGGUGAAAUUUGGCCAUUAGUUUCCUUGUUUCAUUUUCCUUUUUCAAAUCCUUAUUCUAUGAGUAUUGUGGUUUCUUUAGCUUUCAGGGAGAUUCUUUUUGCUGAAUAGGGUUGUGUUUUGAUCUUCAUGGCAAAUAGAUCUUCCAUGCUAUAUUCAGGGGUGAUAAAAUUUUUGAA